AUGGGCACCUGGAUUAACCAGAAUUUAACAAAUGGGAAUCUCAGUGAACCAGACUUUUUUACAAGUCCCUUUUGGAAGCAGGAGGCAGAUUACAGAAUUGUUUUUAAAAAAAUGAAAUCAGUCUUAUUCCAAAGUUUUAGUAAAAUGAAGCUAGCUCCAGCUCUUAAAAUAAUUGGCCCUGUAAAGUUCUAUGAAAUAAAAAUAUUUUUGUUUUUAACCUCACCCUCAAUUAAUUUGGGAGCCUCCAAAAUAAAGCUUCUUGUUUUCCCAAGAAUUCUGGUUAAUCGAAAUUCCAGUGUUAGGGUUGCUUCAAGGACUCAUUCCGUUAGACUUCAGUUGUCAUCUCGACAGACUGUUUUCCAGUUUGUUCAAUUCAGGUUUUUUGUUUCCCUGGAUGUAUUUUCAUUCUUAUUUUGGUGCCUCUCUGCUUUCUUCCUUGGCUGGGUAUUCUGUACUCUAAGACUGUGCUGCCAGCCUCUAUCUUAA